CCGUGGGAAUAGGAAGGAAAAUACUCACCACGCGUGGUGAAGAAAGAGAUAACAGCUAUCAAUUUUGGCCAGACAAAUGCUGAGUUUCACCAUUAGCAAACGUCAAAUAGUAAGCCAAGAUAAACAAGCCGCUGAAAGAAGUGUGCAGGAAAAACAUGGAUAUAAAGGAGGAAAACGAGUAUUCUGAUUCUUCGUCUGACUCAUAUAAUGUCGAAAAUCAUAUAAUUGACUCCGAUAUUGUGAAAAAAGAGACUGAAAUCGAAGACGUGCCGAUGCCUCCUGCCGAAAGGAAUUGUGUCGUGGAAAAAGUAAGGAGCGAAGGAGGGGAAGAGAACGCAACUUUUGAGAUUCAAGAAGUAACGUCGUGGAAUAACGAAAUGCGCAAAAAAUUAAUUCAGUUAGUCUACAACGAACCCUCACUAUGGAGAAGAAGUUCUGGUUUUGAUCAAAAAUCUUUGCGCCACUACAACGCACUCAAGUGGCGAGAAAUAUCCAGGGUAUUUGGAACAACUGACACUUCAGCUCAGAUAGAAUGGGUGAAAAUGAAAAGAUCAUUCUAUAACAGAAACAAGAUGAUACUUAUCAAUGGCAAAUUCGGAAAGGCUGAUAGCAAAUACAGUUGUUUCUUCGAGAGCUUGUCAUUUCUCGAAGAAAACCGACAGACGACGAGCAAAUGUUAUAUUCUUCGUCAAUACGAAAAAUCAGGCGAAAGUACUCUGUGUGUUAAUAAGCAAGUACAAACAGAUGAUUUUCUUGAGGGCGGGUCGCGUGAUGCACUCUUGAAGGCAGGAAAAAAGAGACAUCAAAGGACUGCUGAACCAAAUUCCAUCAGAGAGGUUGAUGCUUCCGGAGAGAACAAGAUAAACAGUGACCCCUGUUCAUCGAGAUCAAUUACCUCUAUGAAGAAUACUGCAACUGCCAAUGAUAUUCACGAUUGCCAAUCUUCCCAUUCAACUGAUGAAGAGGAAGAAACUCCCACAGACCACAGAGAAGACAUUUACGACUGUUUAAACAUCCUAAGUUCAGUUGUAAAGUAUAAUUCUCUCCAAUUGCUGCAAGUGAAAAAAUCUCGUUGUGUGACUCUGCCUGAGGCUUUUUCGAAUUACUUAAGAUCAUUAAUGAUAAACAUGCCGCCUGAAAAAUUUAAUAAGUUUCAUUGCAAAAUUUUGGAAAUUGUUGCUGAAUAUUUAAGAGAAGAGAAACAAUCCACAUAAGAACUAUUUGUAUCGUUUUCAUAAGCAUUCGAUGCAAUAAAGGAAAAGAAAAUAUAACAAUGUAAAGUUGCUGCAUGGGAAAAGCGGGGAAAACGAAUCACAAAUCAUUUACAAGAGAAGCACGAUGAAGUGUUAACCGGUAUGUCAAGAACAUAUGUUUUUGACGUUUUUUUCGCUUAACUUCACAACGUAAAGUGUCUAAAAAGUAAACAAAA